AAAAUUAUUUCAAUACUAAGAUUAAAUCCAUUCAAACAAAUGGAGGAGGAGAAUUUAUCAAAUUUAAAUCUUUUUCUGAAUCAAUGUGGCAUCUUGCAUCGUUUCUCUUGUCCUCAGACUCAUGAUGAUUUUAUAACUCUCCUUGCAUAAAUUGAUGGGCCUAAAGCUGGAUGCAUCCACUAUGUCCCAAUGCUGCUGGUAAAAAUGUGUUGUAAAGUCAUUAGGGCCCCAAGUUUUAUGUAGGCUUAAUUGUUUCACCACAGAAAGGAUCUCUUCUGCUGUUGGGGGGAGUAGGAGAGAUUGGACUUGUUUAUUUGUGAUCCUAGGAAGGUUCCGCUGAAUAAGUGAUGCUGUGUUAAAUGUUUCCUCUACCUCCCCUAUGUUUUCCAUUUUUAUCAUUGCUUAGGUCUAGAACUUGUUUGGUGCAAUGACUGGACAAAGCUCCCUGAGUCACUCAGUCAAGUUUCUGGGUGACGCAUCUAUCCAUGUUAGACCUUCAAAUUUCAACUUGGUUACCUGUUGGCUGGCGUUUCUCGUUACUUAAUUUCAGGGAAAAUCGUCCAAAGUCUGUAGAAGGGUAGAUGGUUCUCUAUCAUGGACCCCGAUCUCCAUUCCUGCAUGCGCCUGUUGCAAUCCUGCAGCACCCUCCGAUCGAUCCAGCAAGGCCAACAGCUCCACGUCCUACUGCUCAAAAGGGGUCUACUUGAUACUACUCUUUUCAUUGGAAAUUGCCUACUACAAAUGUAUACGAGGUGUGGCACCCCGAAUGCGGCGCGGUGUUUAUUCGACGAGAUGCCUCAAAGAAAUUCUUUCUCGUGGAAUACCAUGAUUGACGCCUACUUGAAAUCUGGAAACAAGAAAAACUCACUUGAGCUUUUCAAUUCCAUGCCGCAUAAGAACGAAUUUUCAUGGAAUACAGUUAUCUCGAGUUUCUCCAAAUCAGGGGAUCUUCAGGUUGCUAGACAAUUGUUUGAUGAAAUGCCGGUGAAAAAUGGGCUUGCCUGGAAUUGUAUAAUUCAUGGGUACGUGCGCUUUGGCUUCCCCGAAGAAGCUCUGGCGUUGUUCAAGGAUUUGAGUUCGGAUCCUGCUGAACCAUCACGGAGUGAUACCUUCAUACUGGCUACAGUCAUCGGUGCCUGUGCCAAUUUGGCAGCUCUAGAUUGCGGCAAGCAAAUUCAUACCUGUGUCAUCGUUAGUGGAGUGGAUUUUGAUACGGUGCUCGGAAGCUCGCUUGUUAACAUGUACUGCAAGUGUGGAGAUUUGGACAGUGCAAAUCACGUUUUAAAUUCAAUGCAGGAACCAGAUGAUUAUUCCCUCUCGGCAUUGAUUUCCGGAUAUGCCAACUGUGGCCGGUUGAUUGACGCAAGAAGAAUUUUUGAUAGAAGAAUUAGCCCAUGUGUUGUUCUAUGGAACUCCAUGAUUGCUGGAUAUGUUACCAAUAAUGAAGUAGGGGAAGCACUGGAGCUCUUCAACAGGAUGCAAGAACAAAGAAUCCAAGGAGACACCUCUACUAUUGUUAGUGUUUUGAGUGCCUGUUCUAACAAGGCUUUUAUUAAAACUGGCAAACAAAUGCAUUCUUAUGCUUUCAAAGCUGGGGUUGUUAAUGACAUUAUUGUUUCUAGUGUCCUUGUUGACAUGUACUCCAAGUGUGGAAGACCCAAUGAUGCCUGCAAAUUUUUUUCUGAGCUGAGAGAUUAUGACACAGUUUCACUUAAUUCUAUGAUCACCGUGUACUCCAACUGUGGAAGAAUUGAAGAUGCUAGACUGAUCUUUGAUACAAUGCCAAGUAGGAGCCUUAUCUCAUGGAACUCAAUGAUUGUGGGUUAUAGUCAGAAUGGUUUUCCUCUAGAAGCAUUGCAUCUUUUCUGCAAGAUGCAUGAGCUGGAUUUGAGAAUGGAUGAGGUUAGCCUUGCUAGUGUAAUUAGUGCUUGUGCUAGCAUCUCUUCUCUAGGAUUUGGCGAGCAAAUCUUUGCUCGAGUUAUUGUCACUGGCCUUGAGUCCAAUCAGAUCAUCUCUACCUCCCUCAUUGAUCUCUAUUGCAAGUGUGGUAACAUUAAAGAUGGACGGAAAUUGUUUGAUCAGAUGGUGAAAUCUGAUGAAGUCCCAUGGAACUCAAUGUUGGUUGGUUAUGCUACAAAUGGUUAUGGACUUGAAGCAUUGAAGUUGUUCGAUGAGAUGAGACAUGUGGGUGUUGAUCCAAACAAUGUCACCUUUACUGGUGUAUUGUCUGCCUGCAACCAUUGUGGAUUAGUCAAUGAAGGAGAGAGAUGGUUCUAUACAAUGAAAGAAGAUUAUCAUAUUGAGCCAGAGAUUGAACAUUACUCAUGCAUGAUUGAUCUGUUUGCUCGUGUUGGUUUUCUUGUAGAGGCAAUGAAUCUAAUCAACUGCAUGCCAUUUGAGGCAGAUGCAAGCAUGUGGUCCUCAGUUUUGAGGGGCUGUAUGGCUCAUGGAAACGAGACUCUUGGGAGGAAGGUAGCAGAACAUAUUAUCAAGCUUGAUCCUGAGAGUUCAACAGCUUAUGUACAGUUAUCUGGCUUAUAUGCCACUUGUGGGGACUGGGAGAGUUAUGCACAAAUUAGAAAGACUAUGAAGGAUAGGAAAAUCAGAAAAAAUCCUGGUUACAGUUGGAUUGAUUAUUGAAUAGAAAGGUUUGAUUGAUGCAUAUAUGGUCAGUGGUGAUAGUGAUAACUUCAUAUAAUUCUUGUCUGUUGGUGGCACUUGUCUUCUGCUACAAUUCCAUCUACCUCAACCACAACUGCGUUGCUUCUUUUUCCAAACCCGUUUCCUUCAUGAGCUGCCUUAGUUGAUGGGCACUAUCUCAUCUAUUCACAGUGACAUAGAUGUUUGACAUUAGGACAUAUCUUGCAGUAUUCUAGGCUCUAGUUCAAAGUGAGCUUCUACUGAUUCUGUGGACCUGGCAAGUAUUUCUGCAUCAUGUCUUCUGCGUGGAGAGCAGGACAUUCAAAUACACUCCUUGGUUAUUAAAACAGGCCCAAGUCUGAUGCAAAUCAUCAGUUGCUUGCUUAUGGACAUGUACAAUAAAUCUGGGUUAGUGCACCCUGCAAUGAAAAUCUUUGCUAAAAUGGGAUACCAGUUACCAGAUACUUGGUACCAUGGAGUAACAUUCAUUGGUUUUGCUCAAAAUGGAUGUGAGUUUGAAGAAUUAGAAUAACUAUUUGAAGAGCUAUGAGAGUGGUCCAAAAUCAGAUGAAAUAACAUUGUCUGGGCUUCCAAUGGCUAUCAACAAUGGAGGUUUUGUCAA